UGCCUGCAUGUGGAUCAGUCGCUUCGGGAUGAGGAUGACCACUCAUGAGUGCACAAGAUGAAGCUGAUUCAAAGUCUCUUCCUGUCUUUUCUGGCACAUUUUCAAUGGACCCUCAAUGUCAGCUCAGAGGGCACGCCGACUUUUGGAUCGAAGAAUAUUCCCAGACUUCUGAGCAAAGAUGUCAUCCAAGGAAGAUUUGACUUCCCUGUUUAUCAAAACCACACUGUUUUAUUUUAUCAUGAAGACUCCGGGGAGUUUUACAUAGGAGGGACAAACUUUGUGUUCAAGCUUGACUUGGAUCGCUUUCAAAUCAUUGAGGAAAUCCGUCUGGAGGCCACAAGGGAAGAGCAUAGCCAGGAGGGUCCUUGUGAAAAUGUCAUCACUGUCAUCGAGAAGUUUGGAGACAGUCUGUUUGUCUGCGGGACCAACGGACACAGGCCUCACUGCUGGAAGCUUGCGAGUUCUUCGGCUGACGUGAUAGAGGAUCAAGACGGGACGGGCAUCUCUCCGUUUACGCACACACAGAACUCACUGUCUCUCAGAGUUGAGGGGGAUCUAUACGCUGUGGCACCGCUGAAUACUGAUGGGAGCUGCUUGCAGUUCAGAAGGAAAGCCGGCAGGAGAGCCAACGUCUGGAUGUAUGACAGUUGGGUUUCAGAGCCCACAUUUGUGUCUGCCUCCUGGGUGAAGCGAAAAGACGACCCCGAGAAUGAAAAGAUUUUCCUCUUUUUCCGCGAAAAGAACUCUGAUCAAAACCCAGAGGCCGAGCCGUGGAUUUCCAGAGUGGCCAGAGUUUGUAAGACUGAUGAAGGCGGAUCAAAGCGAUUUUUCCAGAACACGUGGACAUCUUUUCUCAAGGCUCGACUGGUCUGCGGCUUCCCAGAACAUUCCCUGUAUUUCAACCAUCUGCAGGACGUCUACAUACAACACGCAGAAGACUGGCGGCACACGAGGGUCUACGCCCUCUUCACCAGCAGCUGGAACGCCACUGCAGUUUGUAGUUAUUCCAUGCAGACCAUUGAAGGCAUUUUUGACAACUCCACCUUCAAGGGCUAUGACAAGGCUGUUCCAGAACCAAGGCCAGGAACUUGUGUGCGCAACAGCCGCGUAUUGCCGCUGGCCACCAUCAGCGUGGUGAGGGAUCAUCCCGAAAUGAGCGACUGGGUCCACUCUGUACACUACACGACUCCGUUCUACGUCAGCAACAACAACUACACCAAGUUAGCCGUGGACCGCGUCCGGGCGGCGGAUCGGCGUGUGUACAGUGUUCUCCUGCUAGCCACUGACUCUGGGAAGAUCCAUAAAAUUCUAGAGUCGGGAUCCGAACCUUUCAUCAUCUCCCAAACACAAAUCCCCAGUCUGUCCGGCAUACAGUCGAUGAAACUGGACUCCAAAAAGAAAAAACUAGUGGUGAGUUUUGCAGAGAAAACCAUUGUGUUAGACCUCCGGAGUUGCGAUAUGUAUAACAAAUCCUGCGCAGACUGCGUUCUGGCUCGGGACCCCUAUUGUUCCUGGACUACAUCUGGAUGCACCCCAACUGUCCCUGAGGGCAUUCAAAAUAUUUUGGAUGGGAAAACGAGUGUGUGCUCUGCAUCAACAUCAGAACAUAGUCAAUUAAACCGGACGAGAAGGAACGCUGCAUCGCCCGUAGACUUGGAUUUAACUCUGCCCCUUGUGCCCGUGGGUGUCCCUUAUUACCUGACGUGCCCAAUUGACUCUUACCACGCCGUCUACACGUGGAAACACGGAGACCAGAUCAGUCCUUGUCUACAGAUGCACUCCAACUGCCUCCUCCUCAUGUCCGCCAAGACCCCCACGAGCUACGGCAGCUACGAGUGCAUCUCGGAAGAGAGGGACUACGUCACUGUGGUGAAGAGAUAUCAUCUGACGGAGCGAGUCGACCAGCGUACCAAGGCCGACCGAGGUAAAGCAUCGGCCGUAGCAGCCCAGACAUUGUGGAUCACACUUGGACUUAGUGUUUCGCUGCAAACGCUUCUAAGCUUCUCUCAUGAAUAAGACAGACUGAAAAUGUGGCUUCAACAUAUUCAGUCCUCUUUCGUCCAGCUCGAAAGCUCAGAGAAUAUACAGGACAAUCCGCUCUCAUUUGAAAACAAAACCACUUUUGUGAACUGGACAGGCAAUGUCGGUAACCCUUAUAAUUCUUAUAUCAUACUGCACAGGUGUUAACAUCAAAAUAAUGCACCAGAAGUGUGCAUGACAUAUGCAGCGAAGACUCUCUGUAACUUCUGCUACCAGAUCUUAGAGCAGUCGAGUUGUAUCACUUCUCCAUACUUCCUUGACACCAAUGACUACUUUUCUAUGCCACUUUGUGCCCUAAGAUUACAGGAACAGCCCCAAAAACACUAGUGAGUUCUUUAACAAAGAGUUGAGGAUCGGUUCUGAAUUCCUGAAAGGUGAAUAAGUGAAUUCCGAAAUAGCGAAUUGUGAAUAGGCGGUGGCCAUUCUUUUAUUAUGAUCAUUUUUUUUUCUUGACCUGAAAAAUGGAUCCUACUUCGUCUAGCCACUUUCUUAUCCCUACGCAUAACUACGUUUGAGCUGCGAAAAUAUAUCCGCUCUAGUGGCUGGAAUACAGUAUAUCCCACCAGGUCAUCGUGGGGCUUUUCCACGGCACGACAACGAGGCGCUCUAAAGCAGUAAGGCCAGAGUGAAGCCCUGGUCCAAACGCUGGCUUUCACGUCAGACCUUUAAAAAAACGUUUCCCCUCUCCACUGCAUGACGUGCACGCACUCACAAGCAACAAGCAACAAGGCGCUUUAAUGCGGUCACGCCAGCAGACUAAACUUUGUUAACCAAUAAAAAAAAAAAAAAUAGUCAGCUUGAGGGGCAAAGCCGAUGAAUGUACAGUAUGUGAUGAACACUAACACAACUCAUUACCUAUAAUAUGUUUAAUCAUUUUAGUGUAAUUUUGUACAAGCACUACACUAAGUAGCCUUAGCACUAACACCACAAGAGAGGUAUCCUGCCCGGUCCACCUCUGAGUUAACCAGAGUCGCCGUGGCACAGACAGCGUAGCGUCGGCAUGAUUUUGCAACUGUUAUUUGAAGGUGAAAACUGAAGCAAUCCCAUUUAUAUGUAUUUGUAUGUAUUGUGUUGUGUGUGUCCUCUGCGUCCUCAGCUUCAUCCUCACAGUGAGUCAGUGCUCCGGAGUGCUCGUUCACAAACAGUGAGGCGUGCACAUGUUGAGACAGGUGGUUUAGUCCACACGCAGCAGUGCAGUCUGGCUCUCUUCCAGCCAUUUGUGCGAGUGUAUUUGUGUGCAGAAGGGUGGAGGCACCGUGAGUCCUUCAAUGGAUUUCCCCGUUUUGUGUCCCACCACCUACCUCUGCUGAGAACGACUAACGGACAAGGAGGCCUAUGUGAACGUGCAAUAAGACAGCCUUUGUUACAGAGUAGACAACGUCUAACCUCUCAAAUAAUUUGGAUUUUAUUUCAACUACUAAUGAUCAUCUUUAUGUUUCUUAUGGCUAUUUAUAUCUGUGAAUUAUACUGUAGAUUUACUUGCAAAUGACAUUUUUGGUACAAUAUAACAAUAUUGUUUAUUUUUUUUUACAUUGUCUCUGAAGUUUAUUUUUUGAAAUAUAUUUUCAGUUAAUGUAUCAGUCGCCAUCCAAUGAAAAGCGUGAAACACAAAGAAAAAAUAUGUUUAUUUAUUUGCAAAAUGAUCAUUUAAAAAUCAUCCAAAUGUAGUGAUCCACGCUUUUCAUUUGACAGUGAAAUUGUCAGUUUAUUAAAAAAAAAAAAAAAAAAAAUGAUAAGAAGUCUCAUCACAUGAAGAUUGUGUGCAGGUGUGAUUGUUUUGGCUUAUUGUUGCAAUAAAAAGAUGAGAACCUAA